AUGGCUUCACCUCCAUUCACCAUGCAGCACCAGCAGACGUUUUUGAAUCAACUGAGAGAAAUUACUGGGAUUAAUGACACCCAGAUACUACAGCAAGCUCUGAAGGAUAGUAAUGGAAACUUGGAAUUAGCAGUGGCUUUUCUUACUGCAAAGAAUGCUAAGACCCCUCAGCAGGAGGAAACAACUUACUACCAAACAGCGCUUCCUGGAAAUGAUCGAUACAUCAGUGUGGGAAGCCAAGCAGAUACAAAUGUGAUUGAUCUCACUGGUGAUGAUAAAGAUGAUCUUCAGAGGGCAAUUGCCUUGAGUUUGGCCGAAUCAAACAGGGCAUUCAGGGAGACUGGAAUAACUGAUGAGGAGCAAGCCAUUAGCAGAGUUCUUGAAGCCAGCAUAGCAGAAAAUAAAGCAUGUUUGAAGAGGACACCUACAGAAGUUUGGCGAGAUUCUCGAAAUCCUUAUGAUAGAAAAAGGCAGGACAAAACUCCUGUUGGUCUAAAGAAUGUUGGCAAUACUUGCUGGUUUAGUGCUGUUAUUCAGUCAUUAUUCAAUCUUUUGGAAUUUAGAAGAUUAGUCCUGAAUUACAAGCCUCCAUCAAAUGCUCAAGAUUUACCCCGAAACCAAAAGGAGCAUCGGAAUUUGCCUUUUAUGCGUGAGCUUCGGUAUCUAUUUGCACUUCUUGUUGGUACAAAAAGGAAAUAUGUUGAUCCAUCAAGAGCAGUUGAAAUUCUUAAGGAUGCUUUCAAAUCAAAUGACUCUCAGCAGCAAGACGUGAGUGAGUUUACACAUAAAUUAUUAGAUUGGUUAGAAGAUGCCUUUCAAAUGAAAGCUGAAGAAGAAACGGAUGAAGAGAAGCCAAAGAACCCAAUGGUAGAGUUAUUCUAUGGACGAUUCCUGGCUGUGGGAGUGCUUGAAGGUAAAAAAUUUGAAAAUACGGAAAUGUUUGGCCAGUACCCACUUCAAGUCAAUGGAUUCAAAGAUCUCCAUGAGUGCCUAGAAGCUGCUAUGAUUGAAGGAGAAAUUGAGUCUUUACAUUCAGAAAAUUCAGGAAAAUCAGGGCAAGAGCAUUGGUUUACCGAACUGCCACCUGUGUUAACAUUUGAAUUGUCAAGAUUUGAAUUUAAUCAGGCACUGGGAAGACCAGAAAAAAUUCACAACAAAUUAGAAUUUCCUCAGGUUUUAUAUCUAGACAGAUAUAUGCACAGAAACAGAGAAAUAACAAGAAUUAAGAGAGAAGAGAUCAAGAGACUUAAAGAUUACCUCACGGUAUUACAACAAAGACUAGAAAGAUACUUAAGCUAUGGUUCGGGUCCUAAACGAUUCCCCUUGGUAGAUGUUCUACAGUAUGCAUUGGAAUUUGCCUCAAGUAAACCUGUUUGCACUUCUCCUGUUGAUGAUAUUGAUGCUAGUUCCCCAUCUAGUGGUUCCAUACCAUCACAAACAUUACCAAGCACAACAGAACAACAGGGAGCUCCUUCUUCAGAACUGCCAAGCACAUCACCUGCGGCCAUUGCCGCCAUUUCAUCAAGAUCAGUAAUACACAAACCAUUCACUCAGUCUCGGAUACCUCCAGAUUUGCCCAUGCAUCCUGCACCAAGGCACAUAACAGAAGAAGAACUUUCUGUGCUGGAAAGCUGUUUACAUCGCUGGAGGACAGAAAUAGAAAAUGACACCAGAGAUCUACAGGAAAGCAUAUCCAGAAUCCAUCGAACAAUUGACCUAAUGUACUCUGACAAAUCUAUGAUCCAAGUUCCUUAUCGUUUACAUGCAGUUUUAGUUCAUGAAGGCCAAGCUAAUGCAGGGCAUUAUUGGGCAUACAUUUUUGAUCAUCGUGAAAACAGGUGGAUGAAGUACAAUGACAUUGCUGUGACAAAAUCAUCAUGGGAAGAGUUAGUGCGGGACUCUUUUGGUGGUUAUAGAAAUGCCAGUGCAUACUGUUUAAUGUAUAUAAAUGAUAAGGCACAAUUCUUAAUACAAGAAGAAUUUAACAAAGAAACUGGACAGGCCCUUGUUGGAAUAGAAACAUUACCACCAGAUUUAAGGGAUUUUGUUGAGGAAGACAACCAAAGAUUUGAAAAAGAAUUAGAAGAAUGGGAUGCACAACUUGCCCAGAAAGCUUUGCAGGAAAAGCUUUUAGCAUCUCAGAAACUGAGGGAGUCAGAGUCUUCUCUACCAACAGCACAAGCCGGAGAACCAGAAUAUCUAGAACAGCCAUCAAGAAGUGAUUUCUCAAAACAUUUGAAAGAAGAAACUAUUCGAAUAAUUACCAAGGCAUCACAUGAGCAUGAAGAUAAAAGCCCUGAAACAGUUUUGCAGUCGAAACCUGAAAAUGCCACAAGCCAACCACCUUCUAACCAGCAAGUUGUAGAGGUGGCGAUUCCUCCUGUAGGGAAAUUUAUGGUUGAGUCAAAGGAGGGGGGUUAUGAUGACGAGAUCAUGAUGACACCGAACAUGCAAGGUAUUAUCAUGGCGAUAGGUAAAUCCAGGAAUGUAUAUGACAGGUGUGGUCCUGAAGCAGGGUUCUUUAAGGCAAUAAAAUUGGAGUAUUCAAGGCUGGUUAAGUUGGCCCAAGAAGAUACCCCACCAGAAACUGAUUAUCGCUUACACCAUGUAGUGGUCUACUUUAUCCAGAACCAGGCACCAAAGAAGAUCAUUGAGAAAACACUAUUAGAACAAUUUGGAGACAGAAAUUUGAGUUUUGAUGAAAGGUGUCACAAUAUAAUGAAAGUUGCUCAAGCAAAACUUGAAAUGAUAAAACCUGAAGAAGUAAACUUGGAGGAAUAUGAGGAGUGGCAUCAGGAUUAUAGAAAAUUCAGGGAAACAACCAUGUAUCUCAUAAUUGGGCUAGAAUAUUUUCAAAGAGAAAGUUAUAUAGAUUCCUUGCUGUUCCUUAUAUGUGCUUAUCAGAAUAACAAAGAACUCUUGUCCAAAGGCCCAUACAGAGGACAUGAUGAAGAAUUGAUAUCACAUUAUAGAAGAGAAUGCUUACUAAAAUUAAAUGAGCAAGCUGCAGAACUGUUUGAAUCUGGAGAGGAUCGUGAAGUAAACAAUGGUCUCAUCAUCAUGAAUGAGUUUAUUGUCCCAUUUUUGCCCUUGUUACUUGUGGAUGAAAUGGAAGAGAAAGAUAUACUUGCUGUGGAAGAUAUGAGAAAUCGAUGGUGUUCCUACCUUGGACAAGAAAUGGAAGCAAACCUCCAAGAAAAGCUCACAGAUUUUCUGCCUAAACUGCUUGAUUGCUCUACGGAGAUUAAAGGUUUUCAUGAGCCGCCAAAGUUACCUUCAUAUUCUACACAUGAACUCUGUGAGCGAUUUGCCCGAAUCAUGUUGUCCCUCAGUCGAACUCCUGCUGAUGGAAGAUAA